AUGUUACUGUGGUCAGUAUGGAGUGCAGUAAUGCUACUGACCGCUCUGGAAGCUGCAGAGGACGACGACGUCCGAGCAGGCUGCAGCACAGCUGUAAAUGACCUGGUCUACAUUGUUGACGGCUCAUGGAGUGUCGGAUUCUCUGACUUCGACACGGCUAAGCAGUGGCUUAUCAACAUCACCAGCCAGUUUGACAUCAGUUCCCACUACACACAGGUGGCUGUGAUCCAGUACAGCGACACACCUCGUCUGGAGAUCCCUCUGGGAAAACAUCAGGGUGCGAAAGAGCUCAUCCAGGCCAUAAAGAGCAUCACAUACAUGGGAGGAAACACUCAGACUGGCAGGGCCAUCAAGUUUGCCGUGGACCACGUCUUCCCCUCCUCCCAAAGAGCCAGCCAGGUCAAGAACCGCAUCGCUGUGGUGGUUACUGAUGGCAAAUCUCAGGAUGAUGUGGUGGAUGCCAGUAUGGAGGCACGAACUCAGGACAUUACGGUAUUCGCCGUUGGUGUUGGCACUGAGAUCACCACCUCGGAGCUGGUUUCAAUUGCCAAUCGACCAUCGUCCACCUACGUCCUGUAUGCUGAGGAUUACACCACCAUUGACCGCAUUCGAGACUCUAUGGAGCAGAAGCUCUGUGAAGAGUCUGUGUGUCCGACACGGAUUCCGGUGGCAUCUCGUGAUGAGAAAGGCUUUGAGCUGAUGGUGGGCAUGAACAUUCAGAAGAAGACCAAGAAGGUUCCCGGCUCUCUGAUUUCUGAGACGGCUUAUGCUGUGACUGCGUCCACUGACAUCACUGAGAAUACCAGGGAGAUUUUCCCAGAGGGCCUCCCUCCAUCCUAUGUGUUGGUAGCCACCCUCCGCCUAAAGGGGCCUUCAAGCCAGUUGACCUUUGACCUUUGGAGGGUCCUGUCUAAGGAUAAGGAGAUCCAGGCUGCAGUGACACUAAGUGGGAAGGAAAAAUCAGUCACCUUCACCACCACCAGUAUAAGAGAAAAGGAGCAGAGAGUGGUCUUUAAAUCCGGCUUUGAGACUCUGUAUGAUGGAAAGUGGCACCAGCUCAAACUCCUGGUGAGACCAAGCCAGGUCACAAGUUUCCUUGACGAUCAAGUGAUCCACGAAGUAGCGCUGGAAGCUGUGGAGCCCAUUUACAUCAACGGGGAGACACAGGUUGCUAAGAGGCGAGGAACACACAUCACCGUGCCGUUGGAGAUUCAGAAGCUGCGUCUGUACUGCGAUCCUCAUCAGAGUGAGAGAGAAACUGCCUGUGAGAUUUACUCCGUGGAUGAUGAAAGGUGUCCUCUGAAUCGAACACCGACAGCGGAGGAGGAAGAAGACUGCAACUGUGUAGUCGGGCCACGGGGGGAGCCUGGCCUGCCAGGACGCAUGGGUUUCCGAGGAGAGAAAGGGAGGGAAGGACCACCAGGACCUGAUGGUAAGCCUGGUAAAGAUGGGACACCUGGGGUAGCCGGCCCUCCUGGAUUACCAGGAUUGAAGGGUGAAAGUGGCCCAGCAGGACUAAAAGGGGAACCUGGUUUAAAAGGUCUAAAGGGAGAAAGAGGGGAACCUGGCUUUUCAGGAGAGCCGGGACCCCCGGGCCCAAAGGGUCUUCCUGGUGAAAGAGGCGAGCCAGGACCUCCAGGAGAAGCUGGACCAAUGGGGGAGCCGGGACUACCAGGAAGCGUGGGACUGGUCGGGCCACCAGGACCAAAGGGACAGAUGGGAGUCAUUGGGCCGCCUGGUGCUGCUGGAGCUCAAGGUCCCCUGGGUGUCCAGGGACCUCCUGGUGAAGCCGGCCCUAUGGGACCUCAGGGAGCGGCAGGCUUGCCUGGACCACAAGGACCACCUGGAGCAAACGGAACACUGGGAAUCCAAGGGCCCCGGGGGCCGCCCGGAGAGAUCGGCCGAGAUGGUCCCAAGGGGAAGUGUGGAGAUCCAGGGCUCGCCGGUCCUCAUGGUCCACCAGGCCAGAAGGGCUCAUCAGGGGAGCCGGGUUUUCCAGGACUGCCAGGUGCCAUGGGGAUGCCCGGCUUCAAAGGUCACAGGGGGGAGACAGGAGAGACGGGCCCUAAAGGAAACAAGGGGGAGCGAGGCAGAGAUGGAGAGCCAGGAAAUCCAGGUCUACCUGGCGAAGUGGGACCCAGGGGAUGGAAAGGAGAGACAGGACUGAAAGGUGAUGUGGGCCACAGGGGGCCUGAAGGAAAGAAAGGUGACAUGGGCCACGUGGGCCACAUGGGUGCUGUUGGUCCCAGGGGAUUUCCUGGCCAGGACGGGUUGCCAGGUCAACCAGGUCAACCGGGAUAUCCAGGAAAACCUGGCAAGCCUCCCUCAGAUGAACAUCUUCUAAAGCUCUGCACUGAUGUUCUGCGUAAUCAACUUCCAGCACUGCUGCAGAGCCUGGCCCCCCAAGCUAGAUGUGAACCCUGCCAGAGCAUGAAAGGACCCCCAGGUCAGCCAGGAGCACCAGGACAAGGCUCCAUGGGAACUCCAGGCUACCCUGGCAGAACUGGCACCCCCGGUUACCCUGGACCUCCUGGGAUGCAGGGUCCUACAGGCCUCAAAGGUGACAUGGGACAAAGAGGGCUCAAAGGCAGCAAAGGAGAAGGUUACAGUGGACCUCCAGGACCACCUGGACAGCCAGGGAUUCAAGGUCCCCGUGGCUUUGAUGGAAUCGGCCAUCCAGGAAACCAGGGAAUUCCUGGGAAACCAGGACCACCAGGAGAUCCAGGGAAACGGGGCAACUCUGGACUUCCAGGAGUUUGUGACGUUUCCAUGUGUUAUCAGACCUACAACCUCAGGGAACAUUACAGCAAAGGACCCAACGUCUGA